CACGGUGUCCCCCUCCUUCCCCACAGCCUUUAGCGUGGAAGAUGGCGGGUGGCGUGGACGGCCCCAUAGGGAUCCCGUUCCCGGAUCACAGCAGCGACAUCCUCAGCAGCCUGAAUGAGCAGAGGAACAACGGGCUGCUGUGCGACGUGGUCAUCCUGGUGGAAGGCCAGGAGUUCCCCACCCACCGCUCCGUCCUGGCAGCGUGCAGCCAGUACUUCAAGAAGCUCUUCACCUCAGGGUUAGUGGUGGACCAGCAGAACGUGUAUGAGAUAGACUUUGUGAGUGCGGACGCCCUGUCGGCGCUGCUGGAGUUCGCCUACACCGCGACCCUCACCGUCAGCACUUCCAACGUCAACGACAUCCUCAACGCCGCCACGCUGCUGGAGAUCCCGGCCGUCAGGGAUGUCUGCACGGAUCUCCUGGAGAGGAAGAUUCUGGCCAAAAAUGACCAGAUGGAUACAGUAGAUCAAAUUGAUCAGAGGAACCAUCUCAGAGCAAAAGAGUACCUGGAGUUCUUCCAGAGCAACCCCGUGAACGGCCACCAAGGCAGCUUUCCGUGGACCAACCCAGAGUUGAGAGACCUUCAGAGACUGAACUUCCGAGGCCAAGAGGAGGAGGAGGAGUCAAACUGCAACGGCCUGGACUUCUACUCGCAAGCCACCCCAACCGAAAGACCAAAGGCAAGUGACUGUGACCCUGACAGCAACCCGGCCAUGUGGCUGGACCGCGAGGACGAGGAGCCGGUCAGCGGCGGGAUGUUCUCCCCUUCCCAGAACGGACAUUACAGCAGCCGUGGCUUGGCCACCCCGGGGGAAGAGGAGGGGGGCACCCCCAGGGGCCCUCUGGACCCGCAGGAACCCGGGGACUCGCCCAGCUUCAUCCCCACCGGCACGGAGACGGAGGACGACGCCAGGGAGGUGGAUGACCUGGCCACCAGCGCCCUGCUCCAGCAGAUGAUCAACUCGGUGGGGCGGCAGCAGCUCGGCGACGACGACCGCAAGGACGAGGACGGGGUCAUGGAUUAUUACUUGAAAUAUUUCGGCAGUUCCAGCGAGGGCGACGUGUACCCGUCCUGGUCCCAGAAGGUGGAGAAGAAGAUCAGGGCGAAAGCAUUCCAGAAGUGCCCCAUCUGCGAGAAGGUGAUCCAGGGCGCCGGGAAGCUGCCGCGCCACAUCCGCACCCACACCGGGGAGAAGCCCUACGAGUGCAACAUCUGCAACGUCCGAUUCACCAGGCAGGACAAGCUCAAGGUGCACAUGCGGAAGCACACGGGGGAGAAGCCCUACCUGUGCCAGCAGUGCGGGGCCGCCUUCGCCCACAACUACGACUUGAAGAACCACAUGCGGGUGCACACGGGGCUGCGGCCGUACCAGUGCGACAGCUGCUGCAAGACUUUCGUCCGCUCCGACCACCUGCACAGGCACCUUAAAAAAGAUGGAUGCAACGGGAUCCCGUCGCGGAGGGGCCGCAAGCCGCGGGUCAGGGAGGCCGGGGCCAUGCCCCCAACGCCCACGGGCAGCGCCGAGGACGGGGGGAGCUUCCCAGCCGAGAGCCAGGAGCCCGAGGACACCGCGCAGGGCGCCGAGCACGAGCGGCAGCAGCAGCAGCAGCAGCAGCACUUUGAGGAGAAUUCCAAUAACGAAGCGCCGGGAUUGAAUGUAGCAGGAGGGUCGGAUGAGGGUAACGCGCAAGGACUCUCCUAAACCAAAAAAAAAAAAAAAAAAAAUAUAUUGACAAAAUGAGAAUAAGAAA